AUGGGUGCUGCGGCUGACACGAUCAAGACCAAAGUUCUUACGGGCAUUCAUGUGCCAUGUCUGACUUGGUUCCUCGAUGACGGCACUCAAGAGAUUGAUUGGGAUCUCCAAAGAGAACACAUACACUUCCUGGUCGAGUCUGGUGUUGACGGUGUUGUUAUCGCUGGAACAAACGGCGAGGCAGUGACGCUCGCUCGGGAGGAAAAGUCGAAGCUCGUACAAUUCACGCGCCAGGCUGCUGUUGCCUCCGGCCGACCAGAGCUGCCCAUCGGACUAGGCACUUCUGGCCAAUGUACACGAGACAUUAUCAGCGAAACCGCGCUUGCGGCGGCGGCCGGGGCCAAUUACGCCCUGGUCCUCACACCUAGCUACUUUCACUUUGCUAUGACUACGGAUGCCAUUGCUGCUUUUUUUGAAGAAGUCGCCCAAAUCAGCCCACUUCCGAUUGUUAUUUACAACUUCCCGGGUGUCGCCGCCGGGCUCGACUUGGACGCGGAUCUCCUUGUUCGUCUCGGAAAGAGCGCCAACAUUACCGGCGUGAAGCUGACGUGCGGCGGCAUCGCCAAGGUGGCUCGGAUCGCUGAUGCCUAUUCGCCAGAGCAAUUUUUUGCUCUGGCGGGACAGAGCGACUGGCUCAUUCCUGCGCUGUCUGUGGGGGGCACUGGCUGCAUUUCAGGAGUGGCCAACUUGUACCCCAAGGUAUGCCUGCGAAUUACCGAGCUGUAUAGAAAUGGCAAGGUGGACGAAGCACGCGCCAUGCAGCUGCAGCUGGCGAGGAUGGAGACUGGGUUUGGGAAAGGCGGCAUCAAUGGGACAAAAUGGGUUGUCGCUAAAAUCAGAGGAUACCCAGAGGGAAGCUGGCAUUGUAGACGGCCGUACCCUCAGUUCGACGACACGGCACGACAGCAGUGGGUAUUGGAGACUGUCCAACCACUGGACAAGUUAGAGCAGAAACUUGCCAACAGUGCGCCAUAG